AUGGCCGCUGCUGCAAUUCAGUCGCCUCUGGCCGGGCCGCAAGUCGGUUCCACGUUGCCCACAGCGCACUCAACACAGCGCCAUGUCCAGACCACGCUCAACUACUACAAGCCCAACGCCGACGGCUCGCCUCCGCACGCAACUUACUACGACCGGCCCGAGACGUACUACCGCGAGGCCGAGCCGCACACCGUUACGGUGCACGACGUGUCGGGCGACGAGGCCAAGUAUACUCUGGACGGCAACGGCUUCCAGUUUGUCGCGCGCCCGGCCACCGAGACGGAAUUCCGCGACGACGACCAGAUCCGGGCGUCGUACUACCCGGAGACGGAGCAGCUCCUCAAAGACGUGACGGGCGCGUCUCGUGUCUUUAUCUUUGACCACACCAUCCGCCGCGACCCCCCGGAGGACGAUGGCCAGCGGAACUUCGACCGGUCCCGUCGCGGCCCCGUGCAGCGCGUGCACAUUGACCAGUCGUACCGCGCGGCCCUGUCGCGCGUGCCGCACCACCUGCCGGCCGAGGACGCAGAGAAGCUGCUGCGCGGCCGCGUGCAGAUUAUCAAUGUGUGGCGGCCGAUUGAAAACCCCGUCUUGCGGGACCCGCUGGCGGUGGCCGAAGCGGCUUCGGUCGGCGAGGAGGCGCUCGUGCCGACGGGCCUGGUGCUCAAGGACCGCGAGGGCGAGACGUACCAGGUGCGCUACGAGAGCGGGCACCGGUGGUUCUUCAAGUCGGGGCUGGCGCCGGACGAGGCGCUGCUGAUCAAGUGCUUUGACAGCAAGACGGACGGGCGUGCGCGGCGGGUGCCGCACACGGCAUUUGAUGAUCCGGCCUUUGGCAGAGGAUCGGACGCACCGCCGCGGCAAAGCAUCGAGGUGCGUGCCCUUGUGUUCCACCCGGAGGAUACAGAGUAG